UGCUUCAUGCUUUCAUUCUACAAAAGACAGACGCAAAAGGUUGAUGGCAAUAUAAUUAAGAACCCUUUGAUUUGUAAGGUGUGUAGGUUAGCUAUGAUGUCCCUUGAGAAAGCAUUGGGUCCUGAGAGCCCAAGAACCAGAACCGAACUCCAUGCAGAUUUCGAAUCCACUUCAAAGAAGAGAAAGUGGCAGCAGGGUCCCCAAGACCACCCACCUUUUGCCCAAGAAUUCUUCAAGGAUCACAUGAUAAACUCAACAAACAAACAGGUCUUCGACAUACAGCUUCACCUCGACACCCCUUUUACCCCACAUAAAUGGCGUCAAUUCCUCGCUCUUCAUCAUCAUCAGUCAAUGGAGAAACCGGAACCGAUACCUCCAAAUCACCAGAAUCAUCAGAAUCACAUGAGCUUAGACCUUGAUCUGAACUUGACAUGUGAAUCUCUGAAGAAGAAAGAAGAAGCAGUAGUACCGGAGGGGAUGAAUUCGAACAAGCUUAUUAUUAAGAAGAAUAAUAAUGAGGAGGAGGGUUUGAUCCGUACUCCGUCGUGGCUGUCAAUGUCAGAGGGAGAUAAUGAGAAAGAGAUGGUUGCAACGGUUUGCAUGCGGUGUCACAUGCUGGUGAUGCUGUGCAAAUCUUCUCCUUCCUGUCCUAACUGCAAAUUCAUGCACCCACCAGAUCAGAACCCCUCUUUCUUGAAGAAGAGGUGUGGCCCCCUCUUCUGCUAGAAUCAUUUCGACACUAUGUAUUAUUACCUUGUUUCGCAAGAAAAAAAAAAGAAAGAAAGAAAAGAAACUAAUUAAGCAACGUAAUCUAGAUCAUAUGUACACGCUGUGUUCCUCGUUAUCCAAAAUCUACUUAUGUUUAUAUU